GAUGCACAAUGAGCUGCUCUUUACAUAGAUUCGCUCCACGGAUCUGCGACAAAAGAAGAUGACAGAGAUGACGUUUUGGAGAGUUACUCUGUCAUUGGUUUGUAUUGUGUGGGGAUAUGGAGCCACUGCAAAUAAUAACUAUGAUGUCCACAUCGAUAAACUGGAGCGUGUUGGGGAUACGGGUGAAUAUUUUACCUACAACUACACGUACGAGAAAAUCUCCGACAUGAAGUUUUCCAUGGGAGCACAAGUACAGCAGCUGAAGGAGCUGGACGAUACCUACACGGUGAAGGCACUGAUGGCCCGUGCCGAUCUUGCGGAAGGUAGUGAGUACGAGGUAAUGAUGGACCUCCAGAAGUCACUGUGCGACUGGAUGCGGACGAUCUACAAAGCGUAUUUUUAUGAGGAGUUAGCUAAGGUGAGCAACUUUCCUCACUACGACACGUGCCCACUACCGGUGGCCGAGUACGUCGUGGAGAACUAUGUGCUCGAUACGGAACCGUACAGCGAGAUGAUGUCCGAGGGCCGAUGGAAGAUGGAAAUGAUGCUGAUGAAGGAUGGUCAAGUGUGUUCCGGUAUGGUCAUGAUGACCACGGUCAAACCGAAAGAAUAGGGAUAGAUCCCACUAGCUAGAAAAUACGUUCAUUAUGCAUGUUGUAGUACAUUUGAAAAUGUUGGGUUAUCAUUAAAAGAGAUUGUAGUACAAAGAUGA